AUGAAUGAUGGAGUGACAUGCGCAAACAACUGGUGGGCUGUCACCUCUGGCCGGUUGUCACGACGGCAAGAAGCCUCCAAAGUCUGGUGUUGCCGGAGGCAGCACAGUCUCGACGAAAGUCCUCUCUUUGCCGAGGCGACCACAGUUGUCUGGCUCAAUUUGGCCGGAUUUAUCGACGGUCGACACAGUCUUGCAGGCAGUGCGUGCGUUACUUCGCUCCGUUUUUAUGACUUUCCCCGCAUGCUUCCUCUCUACCCACUCGCCUUCGAGGCAGUUCCUUGCAGUUACCCCGCCCGAGGCCGCCAGGCUUGUGCAACCCGUGGAAUGUUCAAUUCGUCGGUUCAGUGGAGAAAUACCACCGGGAAUGUUGCUUGCCAUGCAGCCUGGCAAGUCUGGUGUCUGCCCAUCAACAGUUGCAGACGGGGUUCGCCUCGUCGUCAGAAUUGCACUGGAACCGGAAGUACCUUACCUCAUCCACUCGGAAGGAGAAUGAAGCUGAUGCCGGAAGGUGGGAAAAAUGUCAAUUUUUGCGAGUCAACAUGUAGAAAGAAGACGAUUUCUGGCAAGAAAGAUGAUUUAAUGCAGAAGUUUGGACGUGCCAGGCCACCGAUGACUCCGAAAUGA